AUGGCACCUCCAACAGUGUCCCUUGAUGAAGUUAGCAAGCACAAUAACGAGAACGACGCCUGGCUCGUGAUUUCAAACAGAGUCUAUGACGUGACAAGCUUCUUGGAAGAUCAUCCUGGAGGUGCUGAGAUCCUCCUUGAAGAAGCUGGGAAAGAUGCGACCGAGUCUUUUGAGGAUGUUGGCCAUUCUGAAGAAGCUAGAGAACUCCUAGAAAACAUGCUUAUCGGCCAAUUAGCAAACUCGCAGAACCACACUCGUAAGGAAGAUAAAGAUGGCCCUCAUUCGCCCACAGCCAACUUGCCUGCCGCAGGAGAGCGUCCCGCGUCCCUUUUCCAACUAGACCCUCAGCAAUGGCAUAAAUUAAGUCUCCGCGGAAAGACAGCCGUGUCUCCCAAUGUGUUCCAGUUCAGAUUUAAUCUCCCAGUUGCAGGGAAGCCUUUGGGGCUGCCUGUAGGGCAACACAUCAUGGUUCGUGCUUUCAUCAGCGGCGAAAAUGUUUCUCGGUCAUACACACCAAUCUCGGAUGACAAUGAUCUAGGCUACAUGGAUCUUCUGAUCAAGGUCUAUCCCAAGGGGGCUAUGACGAAGCAUCUCGAAAGCCUUACACCAGGGGAUGAGGUCGAGUUCCGAGGCCCGAAGGGUAACAUGGAGUACUCGAGAGGUUAUGCUGCGGAAAUUGGCAUGAUUGCAGGUGGUACGGGGAUCACUCCCAUGUACCAGCUCAUUCGAGCUGUGUGCUUAAACCCGAUGGAUGACACCGCAGUCAGCCUUUUAUAUGCGAACAAUUCCCUGUCUGAUAUACUGCUUAGAAAAGAGCUUGACUCUCUUGCAAAGCAGUUCCCCCAUAAGUUCCAGGUCCACUAUAUACUCGUUCAUCCUCCACCUGGCUGGACGGGCAGUUUCGGCUAUGUUACGGGAGACCUUCUAAGGUCUAGAUUACCUGGCCCUUCAAAUGAUGCUCGCAUACUAAUGUGUGGUCCUCCGCCGAUGCUGUCCGCAAUCGGGAUCGCAAUAGCUAGUCUGGGGUAUCAGCGGGCAGGAGUGCCCUCGCGAAUGCCAGAUGAGGUAUUUUCAUUUUGA